GUACUUCUGAAAGAUCAUCAACAUCUAUAUAGCUUUUACUUAUUACUUAUUCUAUAGCUAAAAUCUAUCUCUUCUCUGCGCCAGACCAUUGUAGCAGAGAGAGACAUUUAGCAACAAUGGUGAAAGGACCAGAAUCUCUCCCAAAUGGUGUUAAUGGUGUAGGGAAUGGGCACCACCACCAAGAUUAUUUUGAUCCAAGUGCUCCUCCACCGUUCAAGAUUGGAGAAAUCAGAGCAGCCAUUCCCAAACAUUGCUGGGUGAAGAAUCCAUGGAGGUCUCUGAGUUAUGUUCUCAGGGAUGUCUUGGUUGUAACAGCAUUGGGGGCUGCAGCACUUCACUUCAAUAACUGGCUCUUCUGGCCACUCUACUGGGCUGCUCAGGGCACAAUGUUCUGGGCACUUUUUGUUCUUGGACAUGAUUGUGGCCAUGGAAGCUUUUCAGACAGUCUCAUGCUCAAUAGUGUGGUGGGCCACAUCCUGCACUCCUUUAUUCUUGUACCAUACCAUGGAUGGAGAAUUAGCCACAGAACUCACCAUCAAAACCAUGGACAUGUUGAGAAAGAUGAAUCAUGGGUUCCUAUGACAGAGAAGAUUUACAAAAAUCUAGACAGUGCGACAAAAACCCUGAGAUUCUCCUUUCCUUUUCCAAUCUUUGCAUACCCAUUUUAUUUGUGGAACAGAAGCCCUGGAAAAGAAGGGUCUCAUUUCAACCCAUUCAGCAAACUGUUCACCCCAAGUGACAGAAGAGACGUGUUCACUUCAACUCUUUGUUGGUCCAUCAUGUUCUGUGCACUUCUCUGUCUAUCCUUCAUAAUGGGUCCAUCUUUUAUGUUCAUGCUAUAUGGAAUUCCCUAUUUGAUCUUCGUGGUCUGGUUGGACUUCGUGACAUACUUGCAUCACCAUGGUUACAAGCAGAAGCUACCUUGGUACCGUGGCAAGGAAUGGGAUUAUCUUAGGGGUGGUCUUACAACCGUUGAUCGUGACUAUGGUUGGGUUAACAACAUUCACCAUGACAUUGGCACACAUGUUAUUCAUCAUCUUUUCCCUCAAAUUCCUCACUAUCAUUUGGUAGAAGCGACACAAGCAGCAAAGCCAGUGCUUGGAAAGUAUUACCGAGAGCCAGAGAAAUCUGGGCCAUUCCCACUCCAUCUAAUCAAGUACUUCCAGCGCAGCAUAAGUCAGGACCAUUUCGUGAGUGAAACUGGAGACAUUGUCUUUUACCAAACAGAUCCUCUGCUCCUAAAAAAUUCGUGUCUCAACAACAACAAGACUCACUAGUAGUAGUAGUAACGUGUGUGUUUGCUCCUAAAUUGAUCAUAAUGCACCAUGCCACUCAAGUUUUAACUUUUCUUGGCUGGCACCCUUGCUCUUAUUUUUCAAAAAAAUAAAUGAUUUUGACCUUUAUGUCAAAAAUACAUUUAUCUAGUUCAGUUCUACAAGCUUGAUCAUGGUAAAAAGUCUUCUAUAUGUAAUCUUAUACAUUAUGAUUAAGAUUCAUUUUUAAGUAGUAACUCUUUUUGUUUUA